UGGCAUUAUACGAAGUACAUCUCUAUUAUCAGUUUUAUUUUUUUAUUAUCUGUUUCGCCGGCUCCUCUGGAAAAUGGCCGAAAGCAUUCCUCAGCGAGCGAGUGAUAUAAAGGCGGAAGACCAUCAAGCGUACAUAAAAUUUGCGCUAUCUCUUGCUACCAAAUCUCCGCCAAAACCCACCAACUAUCGAGUCGGAGCAGUGGUCGUGGACAUAGCUACGAACGAGAUCUUGGCAACAGGGUAUACACUCGAGCUUCCCGGUAACACUCACGCUGAGCAAUGCUGCUUUGAGAAGCUUGCAGAAAAGUACGAUAUCGCAGCAAGCCGCAUAGGUGAAGUCCUCCCGAACCAAGUCGCACUUUACACCACUAUAGAGCCAUGUUCCCAAAGGCUCAGCGGAAACCUACCGUGUGUGGAUAGGAUAUUAGCUAUAGGGAAUAAGAUCAAGACGGUUUAUGUCGGAGUUCAUGAACCAGAAAAGUUCGUUAGCGAUAAUUCUAGCAAGCGGAAGUUAGAGGAUGCCAACAUCGGGUUCGUGCACAUCUCUGGAUUUGAGAAGGAAAUAUUAGAAGUUGCAACAGCAGGCCAUGAUAAGGCUAGCUAAAUGUAACUGCUGAUGGAGUAUAUUCGCUAUCAUGGUGUAUACCAUCGUAUUCGACAUCUAUUACUCCGCCUUAGCCAGAAGCACGUAUCAAUUAUUU